AUGACACUGGCCUCACUAGGAAGAAGAAGCUGGACGAUCGGGGGAAGGAUCACUACUGGACGAUGGAUGUCCACAUCCGAAGCACACCAGCCAACGACGAGGACUUAUAACUUGAACCAGAAGACCGGAGUAGAACAGGCGAUCGUCUCAAGAACGACGAGGAACGAACGGACCGGGAAACAGGAGACUCUGAAGACUGGCAGUCGACGAUCCUCCAAGAACAACUCAAUCGCCACAAACAAUAACAAUAAGCCCGCGAGAACUUAUCCGAUCAGGAAGCAAUUCAUCUUCGAAUCUUAUAUCGACCUCUUCACUUCCAAUCAGCUCUGUUUACUCUUCAGACACCAAGGUCUGACUUCCCGAGAAUGGAACUCGAUCCGAGGCAAGAUCAAAAACUUAUCAUCAACAUCAUCAUCGAGCAAGGAGACGACUGGGAUCCCGUUUGGAGAGUACAAGUUCGAUCCUCAAGAGCUGAAGAAUGAAUCCUUACCACGACUCCAAGUCUUGCGAACCAAGAUGAUCGUGCCGGUCUUGAAGAGUUUGCUCAAACAAUCGAUGAUCCGGAGGGAGACCUACGACUCGAUAAUCUAUUCGGCCGGAUCCCCGCACCCGAAGGGCUCCUCCGAUCCGGCGGGAUCCCAGAGUGGGUCGCCAAACAAGGAUGAGAAGAAGAGACAGAAGAAGGAGAAGAAGAACUUGAACGGCUCGCUCUUCUCGCUCAGCCAAGCCGAUUUCAACCCCACUCAACUCAAACAAGUCCUCCAGAUCAUCGCCGCCCAUGCACCCGAUCCGAUCCAAUCGGCCACCAAGAAAUCAUCCCAGAGCGACCCCACUCAACAGGGAACCGAAAAAAUCAAGUUCUUGAUCGGCUUCGUCGACGCUUCGAUCUGCAAAGAUACCGCCGACUUGAAUCGAUUCUCUAGCCUCAACUCUCUCGACACUUCUCGCUCUCAAAUCAUCUCCAUCAUCAGUCGCUUCGGCUCUGAUUUACUCUCCACUCUUAAUCAGGCUAGAGCUUCUCAGUUGGUUCAUACCCUCAAAGGCUUCCAUAAAACUCUCGAAGAUCAAGCUCGUCUAGAUCAAUCCCCUACGCCAAGCCAACCCUCGUCUGCUGAAAAACCUACUCCUACAGAAUAA